AUGGCCAGGAACCCGGCCGUCUUCGGCUUCACCCCCCUCGCAGUCUUGUUAUGCGCCGCCGCAGCCUCGGCGAUUCUCCUGCCUGACGACGUUUCGCGGCUUGUGCCCGGCUGCGCCCAGGGGUGCUUCCUCUCCUUCCUAGCCUUCAACUACGGAGCCGGCGGCAAUGGCGAGGUCCCGUCCCUGGGCUGGCUGUGCUCGACGCCUGGCGACUCCGAGUACACGGUCGGCGAGGGAGCUGUGCAGUGCCUUGCCGCGGAGAAGUCGUUUGGGUCUUGCUCUCAGGAGGAAGCCAGUCCUUUGGUCAUUUACAGGGCUCAUCGCAUGUGCCACGGACUGCCGCACGCAAUCCGGCCAACCCAUGGAGUCGUCACCGCGACCCUCAUCCUGCCCCCCGUCGGCGGCGGAGGCCAAGUCUCCUUCCCCCCUCCCCAGAGCACCCACGCCAUGACGAGGAGCGCCCACACGCCUUCAGUGUCGACCUCUGCAACGCUUACAGCCAACACGACGACCAGGAAAUCUUCAACCGCGAGGAGCUCGACGUCGACGUCGUCGUCGGUCCUGAGCACGCGGACGCGAACCUCUGCGUCCGAGGCCAGGACGCCCACCGGCGUGCCCAUCGGGGUGGGAGACGGCAAGCAGCAGGACGGGUCCGGCGGAUCGCUCACGGCCGGGCAAAAGGCGGGCAUCUCGGUGGGCGUCAUUGGGCUCGCCGCCCUCGCCGUCGGCGUCAUCGCCCUCUUCAGGUUCUACCGGAGGAGGCAGCGGAACCCCUACCGGCGGUCGGACAGCACCGAGGCGCUCCACCGGCGGGACACAUGGGGCUACAAGGUCGACAAGGGCGGCAGCAGCGGCGGCAACUCGUGGCUCGCCCGGCCGAAUCAGCCGGUCCCGCCGCCGCCGCCGGACAACCUCGCGCCGCCCGGACGGUACGUCUCAACGAGCUGGAGGCCGAGCGCCAUCGGUCUCGCCGUGUCGCCGGGGCACCAUCCGACGCAAACGACGACGACAACGACGACGCCGCCGCCGCCAAGGUCGACGCCGACGAGGCCGCUGUCCAGGCUGCUGCCAGCCAAGCCCGCAAUGGCGCUCGGGGCCACAAAGACGCCGUCGUCGCACCCGGACGAAGCUGCCUGUCCGCAGGUCCGCCUGGUGCAGGCCUCGCCGCCCUACGCGCGGUCCAGAGCCCCGCCCCCGGCGCCGCCCAAGCUGCACAUCCCCGAGCACGGCGGCGGCGGGGGCGGGCAGCACGCGGUCGCCGGAGCGUCGUCGCAACCCGGACACGGGCACGCACUCGGCCGCAGCGACAGCACCAUGACCGAGUUCGAGGAGGACGGCCGGGCGACGUCGCUCUCGCCCGAGGGCCGGAUCUGGCGGCCCCCCUCGACGAGCGCGGCCACGUACUACGUCGCCGACAAGCACGGCAACUGGGUGCUCGGCGACCCCAAGCGCGUCUCGCACGCGGCCGAGAUCAGCGUCGUGACGCCCGUCACGGCCGCCACGCCCAGGCCGGGCGUCGCAAACGCCCUCGUGCUGCCCGCCGCCCAAAAGGCCCUCAAGGUCGAGUCGCGCUCGCCCCUCCUGACGGCGGCCGAGCAACCGCAGCCGCAGCCAGAUGGAGCUGCCGCGAGGACGCUGACGACGAGGCCUGGCGCGCGGGCUGCUGAGCCGCCGCCGCCGCCGCCGCCGCCGUCGGCCGCCGUCUUGACCAGCCCCGAGCUUCGGCAACGAGCCUUUCCCCCGCGACCGCUGUUCUCGUCGGCCCGGCUGAGCCAGACGCGCCGCCCGCGCGCCGUCUCGGCAGAUAGCGGCGUCACCACCAUUGCCACGCUGUCCGACGACGACGACGACGGCUGCGACUACGACUACUACGGCUAUGACGACGGCGGCGGCGGCGACGACAACGGCCCGCCGCAGCAUCCCGAGUCGCCGCUGUCGCCCGUCACCGAGUCGCCGCGCUCGGGCGCCGUCCGCCGCUCGCCCGUGUCGUAUCCGCGCAUCGUCGGCGGCCGCAGGCUCUCCUCGCGAGCACCCGCCGGCGCCCGGCCCCUCCUCCUGCUUGGCGCCCCCCCCCACCUCCACAACCAGUACCCGUAUCAUCACCAUCCUUCUUUAGUACCAGGACACGGCCCCCGGCCGGCGAGGCAGCAGCAGCAGCAGCUUGCCAUGGCGCGAGGAGGCGGUGCCACAGACGACGACGCCGGGCCGCAUCUACCCGACUCCUCCUCGACGGUGCGCCUCGUCAGGCCGUCGACGUCCCCCCCCGACGAGAGCGACAGGGGCCACCUCCCGUCUGCCUCGCGCGUCGCGUCGCUGCGACAGGCGCCGUCCCCGUACCCGGCGGAGCAGGCACAGCAUCGGAUCCAGCAUGGCCCCGCGCAGCGGCAGCAGCAGCCCCGUCGCCCACCGCCCAACUGGACCUCCGGGCUGCCCGCCCGGCCUCGGCCUCGUCCCUCUCGCCCGUCCUCAGUGACCCCCUGGCUUUCCCAGCCGCGACGCCAGCAAGGCCACCACGACCCCUAUUAUUAUUACCGUUACGACGACUACGACUACGACCACGAUCAUGACCAUGACCGUGAGCAUCAGCAUCGAUACCAGCAUCAGCAGCCGCACCACCACCACCACCAAAGACAACACUCCCUCCCCAACCCCCAACCCCACGACACGCCCCCCCGUCCGCCCCCUCCGCAGCCCUCGUGCUCCUCCUCCUCCGCCUCCUCCUCCUCCCUCAUCGUCAAACGCCUCGGCCCCGCCCGCGCCGCCCACAUGUCCAUCACCACCACGACGGACCCCCUCCUCCACCGUCCUCCUCCUCGCCCAGCAACCCAGCAGCACGAACAGCAGCACGAACAGCAACACAGUCAGCAGCAGCAGCAGCAGCAGCAGCAGCCCAGCGGCACCAGCGGCAACAACAGCAGACCCUGGCGCCGCCAGAGCACCCCCGGGCCCCUCUACCUGUCCCCCGAACUCGUCACCCCGCGCCCCUUGCCCGGCCACGACGACGACGGAGCCGCCGCGCCCUCUUGGGUGCCCAGGCUGACACCCACCCGCCGCGGCGAGCACCUCUACCCCAAUGUGCGCUAG